AUGCAAAAAUGGUGGAAUUGGGUUCUUUUUAUUGCAUUACUGUGUUUGUUAUUUAUUGCUGUUCCUUUAACAUAUACCACAAGUCCAAGUGGUACCAAGGAUAAAAUCCGACCGAUGUUCGACGAGUAUAUUAAAAAAUAUAAUAAAACUUACAAAAACAAUCUAGCAGAAUAUGAAACGAGAUUAGAACAUUUUGUUGCCUCAGUACAAGAAAUUGAAAAGUUAAAUGCUGCUUCUAGAGGACCAGAGGCUCAUAGAGCGAAAUAUGGACUUACAAAGCUCUCAGAUAUGUCUAAAGCUGAAUUUAAAGAAAUCCACCUAUCUGAUGAGAAACCUCAUCAUAAUCGACGCAGGCAGGAUAAAAAUAGAGAUGACACAUCUGAUUUUAUAGGUGAUAAAUCAUCUGAAAGUGAUCAUGAUAAUCAUCGUAACAGAAUACAUAAUUUUAUUAGGAAAAAGCGGGCAGCACUUCCUCUGCGGAUUGAUUGGAGGGAAAAAGGUGUCAUCGGUCCCAUAAAAGAUCAAGGAAUAUGUGGUGCGUGCUGGGCAUUCAGCACCAUAGGAACUAUGGAGGCGAUGGCGGCUAUCCAAUCUGGGAAAUUAAACGAACUAAGCGUGCAGGAGGUGAUAGAUUGUGCGGGUCUGGGGAACAGCGGGUGUGCGGGAGGCGAUAUUUGUCUGUUAUUGGACUGGCUAUUAAUGACUGACACUGCGGUGGAGUCAGACAAAGCGUACCCUCUGCGACUCAUGAAUGGGGCCUGUAUGAAGAAGGUCAACGCUACUGGCGUUAAGGUCGAGACGUUCACUUGCGAUGAUUUCGUGGGUGCUGAGGACAAGAUCCUGCAGCUGAUAGCGUCGCACGGGCCGGUGUCGGUGGCGGUGAACGCGCUCACUUGGCAGAACUACCUCGGCGGUGUAAUACAGUACCAUUGCAGUGGUAGUCCCGCGGAGCUCAACCAUGCGGUAGAAUUGGUAGGUUAUGAUUUAUCAGCAGAAGUGCCUUAUUAUAUUGCUAAGAAUUCAUGGGGGAAGAAUUUUGGCAAAGCGGGAUAUAUACAGCUGGCUAUUGGCAACAAUGUGUGCGGACUUGCCAACGAGGUUGCCAGUAUAGAGGUUAAACUG